AUGGACUACAAGUACAGCCCUCCAGGAAAUACGCCUGAACUCGUCACGCAUAUGUUCGCCGACCUCGACAAUUUCGACGGUGCCACAAUGCAGCAGUUGCUGUAUUAUUUGUCUUCUCGACAACGCGCAGCUGGCGUGGCGUACGCUCACCAGUUUGCGGAAUUGAAUAUGACUCAAAAAGCGGAAUUCCUCCGGAUCUUCUACGAGGAACUGGUUUGGCAUACCACCAUUUUCGGCUUCGCUGCUGCUCGCUUCCCCAGGGUGAAGACAGGGGAAGCACACCGCGAACUUGUUGCUCUCCUCACAUUGAUCAAGUUGGGCGACCCGAUGCCUAUCUACUCCGCCUGCAAGCCGUCCCAUGAUCAAGUUCCCGACCGUAUUCUCGCACACUACGAAUGCAACUGGUGGAGUCCUUUCGAUCCUUCGAAAAACUGGGACGCCAGCAACGUAUCGUUCAUUGCCCGGACCUUUCGCCACCAGAGGCAUUUCAUGCUCCCGCUCGACCCUCUACCACUUCCCAGCAACCGGCUCUCCGACCUCAGCCAAAAGCAACUCAUUGCCUGCGCCGACUCGAUUCAAAAAUGCUCAGAUUUGGUCAAGAAGGAUACCCAAAUCACCGCCCGCGAGAUUGCAAAGGCCGUCAACCUUUACUGCCGCUGGAAGGCGUUGUUGGUGAAAGCCAGGCUGGAGGAGGACCGCCGACGCCACGAAGCUCGAAAGCAGGGUUUGGCCAAGCAUGGCAUGAGGAUGGACGUCAUCCAGGAUAUCUUGGCGUGGGCAAAUCAGCAGCGGCGGAUGUGA